AUGUCCGGAGUUGAUGCGCCCGAGAUCCUCGCGGCCUACGAUGCCGUGCGCUCCGACAAGGAUGCCACCAACUGGCUCCUCAUCUCGUACGCCAGCGCAAUGGGCGAUAAGUUGACCCUCACGGGCACGGGCACGGGCGGCCUCGAGGAGCUUGCCGGCAAGCUGGACGACGGCCAGGCGCAGUACGCAUAUGUGCGCGUCGAGUACGCCAACGAUACCGAGUCGAAGCGGGUCAAGUUUGCGCUUGUGAUCUGGAUCGGCGAGAACACAAAGGUCAUGCGCAAGGCGCGCGUCAGCAUUGAGAGCGGCAACGUCAAGAGGGUUCUUGCGCACCACUCCAUCACCGUCGAUGCCAGGGACAAGAGCGACGUCACCGAGAAGGAGAUUGUACCACGGUUACGGAAGGCAGGGGGUGCUGAUUACAAUGGUGGACGGGGCUGA